CAUUUUUUUUUGUUUUUAUAGGUAAGCCAUUGUUUAGCUACUGGGCACCCACCUAAAGAUUGGUUACGUGAGAUAGUUUGUGGUCCAAAGUUUGUUGCAAAGUCAUAUCCGAGAUAUUGCACACGAGGAUAUGCAUUCAGAGUUCUUAAGGAAAAUAUUGUAAGGAGAACAGUUGAUUGUGGGGUUUCUUCGUCAUCCGGAGACGAUGUGUACUACGGUAACGUACGCGAGAUUUUGGAAAUUCAGUACCCGGGAAUGAUUGGCAUGAGAUGUAUUGUCUUCAACUGUGAGUGGUACGACAACGUUGUUGGUCGCGGAGUAAGCACUGACGCAUUCGGUGUUACAUCUGUACAUUCGCGACGACGACUGGAUUUUUACGAUCCAUUCAUUCUUGCUUCACAAGCUGACCAGGUUUGCUAUAUUCGUUAUCCGCGGAUUAGGCAAAGGAACGAUCCUUGGAUCGUUGUCAUGUCAAUAAAUCCCAGAAGCCGAGUACAAGGAGUAUUUGAUCCACUACAACAACAAUUAACCGAAGAGGACGGCGAGAUUGGAGAGUUUGACGAAGACAAUUCAGAUUCAUCAUGUUCAUCAUCAGAUAAUUCCUCAGAUGGAGAGUAGAUACUCUUUUAUGAAUGUAUAUGCAAAUUACUUUUAAACAUUGUAGAUUUCUUCUAAAAACAAAUUAUGGGUUUGAA